AAUUUACAUAUAUAACACCGCCCAGUGGAGACGAACAUGAUAAUCCAUCCAUUCUGGAUUGUGUUAGAAGCAGGAGAAAGAAGGAACAGCUGAAAAGUUUGGGAGAGAGUAUGACAAACAGAGCGAAGUGAUUUCAGAGACAAUAGUCAAAGCUUGUUGGGCUCUUUGCCCCAAUUUUGGAUUAAGAUAUGGACGCUUUGAAGUCCGCUGGAAGGGCAAUUAUUCGGAGCCCCAGUCUCGCUAAGCAGUCAUGGGGUGUUGGCAGACAUAAAAAGCUGCCGGAGAACUGGACAGACACGCGGGAGACCCUGAUGGAGGGCAUGGUGUUCCAGCUCAAGUACCUGGGCGUUACGCUGGUGGAGCAGCCCAAAGGAGAGGAGCUCUCAGCAGCCGCUGUCAAGAGGAUCGUCACCACGGCCAAAGCCAGCGGCAAGAAACUCCAGAAAGUUACAUUAAAAGUGUCCCCUCGAGGAAUUAUCCUCUACGACUGUGCCUCUAACCAGCUGAUCGAGAACGUCUCCAUUUACAGGAUUUCCUACUGCACAGCAGACAAGAUGCAUGACAAAGUCUUUGCCUACAUCGCUCAGAGUCAACAAAACGAAACUCUUGAGUGCCACGCUUACCUCUGCACCAAGAGGAAAGUGGCCCAGGCAGUGACGUUAACAGUGGCCCAGGCCUUCAGAGUGGCGUUUGAGUUCUGGCAGGCCGCCAAAGAAGAGAAAGAGAAGCGUGUGAAGUCUGGGUCGGAUGGGGAAGCAGCCAGUAGUUUCCAGUCAGAGGGCUCGGCCAGCCUGGGCAGUCAGAAGGGUGGAGAAGUGGCCACAGGGAACCUUCUAGACUUGGCAGAGGGGGCGAACGUGGCGCUUGUCAACUCUGUGACAGAAGAGAGUGAACCGGAUCCUUUCAUGCUGCACGACCCCACCACAGAGAACAACAAUACUGUAUGGGAGCUUGAGGAUGGUCUGGAUGAAGCUUUCUCAAGCCGCAGUCUGGAUAGCUUUGAAUCCUACUCAGACUCGCUGAGUCUCGCACUAACCCCCAGGUCCUGGACAUUGGGGUAAACCCUCAGGAUUUCAACACUGAAGAGUGCCUAUCUCCAUCCAACUGGGACAAAAUGGACUCAGGCAGCGCUGAAAAAGACGACCUGUUUGGGUUCUAAGGACAGAGCCACUGGAUGGAAGGCAUUUGCGGGAGAGAGAAAAGAAUGGAGAGUAAGAAGGAUGUGGGUGAAAGCAGAAGAGUAGCAGGAAUUUGAGAAAGAAAAGUAACAGAGUUUGGUUCUCCCUGAAAGUUCACUCAGUGGCGUCAUCUAGAGGUAUUUGACAGUUAGAUGCAUUACCAGACUAUCUGACAAACUCAGCAAGACCUACCUGAACUAAGAGACUCCAGAAGUCAGACCAAAGCAAUAUAACCAUUUGCUUCUUUUCAAAUAAUUUUUAAAAUGUUUGUUACAUUCAACAGAUUAUUAAUUUGUAUUGUUUUUAUUUGCCCACUAUUUGUAUGUAUGUGUGUGUGUGUACCAAAUUAUGUACAGUAUACAAAUGCUGAAAAAUGAUGCUAUAAUUUAUAACUUGUAACUGCACCCUUCACCAGUUGCUUGACAUGUUUUUCCAAAAUUAGUUUUGCUGGUGUCACAAUUUGAUUGAACUUUUAUUUCCAAAGUUAAAAAGCGAUGUAUUCUAUUACUUAUGUAAACUUUCUAAAUUGGAGCUAUAAAGGUCUCUCAAAAUGAUCAGAAGUAAGUAUGCUUUGAAAUGCAUCAAGGAAGACAUCAUUGAUGUUCUUUUUCGCUUCCAGUCCUUUCUCCUCCGAUCUGUUUCAAGGGGUUCUGAAUAAAUCAGAAGAUGAGUCCUUGGAGGAAUAAGGUUAUAAUAUUUAUUAGUAUAAACCAUGGGUUCCCAAACUUAGAGAAAGUGUUAUCUGCUGUGUAAAAUUUAUUUUUAACUCCCAAAAACCUUUACAUUUUAACUCAUCAUUCUUGCAUCCCUGCCAUCUCUGAUGCUGGCCUGCUAAAAUAAACAAGGGUCUUUUUUUUUAAUUAUUUUACUGACUGAUCACCAACUUAAUUAAUGUUCUAAAAUGUCUAUAAGAUGCCCAUCUUAUACAUCAGUGAUGUUAAUGUAAGAUUGCUGCUUCCGCCAGGGUUGCUCAGUCUUGUUCCUGGAGAUGUACCUUCUUAUAGGGUUUCUCUCCCACACCGGUUGUGACUAACCUGAUUUUAGUUUUCAUUCAGCUAAUUAUUAGAAUUAGGUGUGUUCAAUUCAAUUUCGGUUGUAGCGAAACUACAGGAUAGUAGCUUUCCAGGAACCAGAUUGAACAACCCUGGCUUAGGCAAUUUACUCUCUCACUGUUCUUUGAAAAUAAUGUCUCAUUUGUAGCUUUAAUAUUGAUAUUUUUUACAUCAAGGACCUGCGUCCUGUUAUUAGACUCUCCACCACCCGGUACUAAUCAGGCCUGGUGGUUGAGAAACCCAGGCUUGUACUGUUAGAGCUGCAAUUUCAGGAAGAGAACAGAACCCGCUGUUUCAUACAACUACAUUUUGUGGCUACCCAACGUUGUAUGGCUACGGGAGUUUACAGGCAAAACCCCUGUUUUAUGUAAGAUUUAUUUUCUGUUUCUGUCACAAUCCCAUUUUCAAAUUGGGUGGGCCCACAUGGGGUCGCACCCCAUCAUUUGGGAAAUGCCACAUUAGGUGCUGGGGGAAAAAAGUAUAGAUAUGCAUGAAAAGUUUACACAUCCAUGGUCAGUGUUUGAUGCAGCGUCGGGGAUAAUGCUUCGAUUGUUAUUACACAUUACCAUUUUAGCAGGCAAUUUAAUCCAGGGCAAUUUAGUAAUGUUCCCUAAAUGUUACUGUUGAUGGAUUCAAAGCCACCAGCAAAAGGGAAUGUCUGCCAUGAAACUAAACUAAUAAUAUUGAGUGAGGGUGACUCACCCACUCUGUGCUCAAAGGCUCUAAUAAUUGGGUAUAUUGGCUUGAACAUGAACAACUUGUGUAUACUGUAACUGUAAAGUGUGGUUUAUAUGUAUGUUUAUGUAUAAAGAGGACAAUCUUAUUUUUUGUAUUGCAAGAUCUAUUUUUGCACACUCCGCUAAUCCCUCUCCAAAGCACAUAAUUUCAUGUUGGGGAUUGUUAUAAUAACCAUUGCAGUUUUACAUGUACCACUGUAUUGUCUAUAAUCUUCUUUGUGCUUUUCUCUUUGGCCAUUUCUUUUAGAGAUAUGGUGGUUUGAAUAAUGGUCAAGGCUCAGUGUUAAUAUUUCUGACAUUUCUUGAUAGUUUUGACAUUUUAUUUAAAUAAAUUGUAGUUUGUUACUUUCAUUGAAUUCAA